GGGGUUUUAUUUAAGUUGUGUGCUUAUUGCUUAAACCGACUUUUGAUGCUGGAUCCUUUUUUUUUUUUUUAAGAAUCUUGUGGUGGAGCAGCGUAUCCGUAUUUCACCUUAAUGAAUAAUCUGAAUAGUUUUGUUUUAUAGCUGUGUGCUUCCUCUUUAGAAGCUUGAUCUGAAAAGACCCGGAGAGCAGAAGCGAUGGGUCUGUCCGCAUCCUCGCCGGCUGAUGCAGUGCAGUCACCAGCUGCAUCGCAGCAACAUCCGAUGGCGUCUCCGCCUUCGCAAUGCCCUCUGCAUCAGAAAAAAACACGUGGUUGUCCAAUGCACAUGAAGACUCCUGAACACAGCCCUGAGAAUGAAAACCGUGUUCCGGCACAUCAAGAAAGAGCAUAUGAGUAUGUAGCAUGUCCGGUGAAGUCUGGUGCAUCUAAAGUGGAAGAUGGCAUAGAUCCUAGCAAUAUGAUGCCACCUCCUAACCAGCUGCCAUCCCCAGAUCAACCAUUUCCACUGUCAACUGUUAGAGAAGAAUCCUCUAUUCCUAGAGCACACUCUGACAAGAAAUGGGUCUAUCCUUCAGAGCAAAUGUUUUGGAAUGCUAUGCUAAGAAAAGGGUGGAGGUGGAAAGAUGAUGACAUAACAAGUGAAGAUAUGACCAACAUUAUUAAGAUUCACAAUCAGAAUAAUGAGCAAGCUUGGAAGGAAAUUUUGAAGUGGGAAGCUCUUCGUGCUGUGGAAUGUCCAUGUGGACCAACACUGAUGCGAUUCGGAGGCAAAGCAAAGGAGUAUUCGCCAAGAGCCAGAAUACGUUCGUGGAUGGGAUAUGAGCUUCCUUUUGACAGACAUGAUUGGAUUGUUGACCGAUGUGGAAAAGAAGUCCGAUACGUUAUUGAUUAUUAUGAUGGUGGAGCAGUUGAUAAGAACUAUCAGUUCACUAUCUUGGAUGUUCGUCCUGCAUUUGAUUCUUUAUCAGCUGUAUGGGACAGAAUGAAGGUAGCUUGGUGGCGUUGGACUUCAUAACUAUUCCUGGUGUGUGUAAUCAAAAAGUAAAACGUUUCCCUCUUAAACUGAGGAUUCGUGGACACUAGAACUUUAACUUAAGUUCACUGCAACUAUGAUCAUCAUCGCCACUGUUCUUUGGGGAUGAGGAGGGAGGAUUGGGAAUUGCAUUGUUGAAUGCACCGAUGCUUUAUGGCGUUUUGAGUUAAAUAAUAAAGUUACAGUAGCAAGAACUUGUAUCUUAAUUUUCUUAAGAGCUAUAAAAUCUUUUUUAUUUUGUCAAUCUGUCAUAUAUGUAUUGUCACCUUUUUUUUGGUGACAAUAAGCUUGCGUUCUUUCAUUUCAUGACUCCAGUGCUGCACCAAAUACACUGGGUUUCUCAUUCUGACUGGAGUUAUAUUUGGUAUUAUUUCAUAAAACAGUAAAAACUGGAAAUCUCAUAAAUGCUUUCACAUGGUUACAGUGCUUGUGUACUCAGAUGAUGAGUAAAAGAUAAAGUUUUAGAUUGUUACAAACUGCUUAUUUUAUUAACUAUAUAAAGCUACGUAUUUGCUUUUACAUCGGCACUUUACCUGCUCAAAUACAGGCUUCCUCAGGAAAAAAAUAGGCAAACUUAUUCUCUCUGAGAAAAUAAGUAUGAGUAUUUUAAACAAUAUGUUAAGUUGAAAAUGAGGAGAAAAUACUUAUGCCUCAAUUUGCAAUUUAUCUUUUAGCAGAAGAACUACUAAUUGCUAGAAGCACAAAAUGAGUGCAUCAAUUGCAUCUACUUUUAAAACAACAUUUCUAAGAGGGGGUUGUUUAAAUUUAUAUUUAAUGAUAUUUAUUUGAGUGUUUAAAAGUUUUUUUUUUUCUUCAAACGUAAGAAAACUAUACUUCUAGUGUACUUACAUAUUUUUAUGUCUUUAAUGUGUGUUCCAUGUAUGCAUUCAGGCCAAAAUUAAACCUUAUUUAAAGAAACUUGCAUGCAAUACAUAAGGCUAUUGCAUGUUAGCUUCACUAAUAUACUGCAGUAGUUUUUCAGAUGUAACAAGAAAUCGCCCAAGGGUAUAUGUAUACAUAGUAAUGCACAUUUCUGUGUAGUGAUUAUAGUAAGAAAUACUACAAAUGUUUAUGUAACUUGGCUAAAAAGGUAUCUGAAGUAUCAAAAAAUAAGCUCAAUUUGAGCAGUUUCUAAGAACAAUGCAUGCUUAUGCUGUGUGACUUAAAGAUUUGAGCAAUAUUGUGCUUAACAAGGAAAACUAACUUUUCUAAAGUCGUUUACUGUAAUAGCUUUAAAUUUGCAUGUUUUAGGAAAUUUUGAUGCCACAUACCCCUAAAUUUAAAUUAUUCCUCCCUUUUGGCAUACAUUACUCCUGAGAAUGAAUUCUCCAUGCAAAACACUUUGGACUAGAAGGAAUAACUGAGUAUCACAUUGUAGCCUGUCAAGUGGGAAUUUCUUCAUCAGACUUCAAAACCUUAACUGUAAACCAGCUAUGCAUUAAUUUUAUGGAAGUGGUUAUGUUUAAAUGACAUUGGAAGCUGUUUUUCAGGGGGAGAACAAAGUUGCAGUCAAAUAACUCAUCCCAUUUAGGAAAAAAUAAUCCAGGGAAGCUUCCAGAUUUUAAGGUACUAAUGCAGAUAAAUGGUUCCCACUUCAGAGGCAACUGUCCUGCCAGCUAGGAAUAAAUCUAAACCAGAAGUCCAGAAUCCUCAGAAAAGAGCACGCACUUACCCCUCUUGACUUUCCCUAUCCCUUUUUGCCUUUUUUUCCGGUGUGAUUCAUAUGUAUCUAAAUCAAAAAUAAUUUGGGGCAAAGAAAAAUCUCAAUUUCAGUUAUUAAUGUGCAGUUAGGAGAUGUGUGUGAGCGUAUACUAAGAAUUAUAUCUGAUUAUGAAAGAGCUACUCCUCUCAGUCCUAAUGGUCAAGACUGAGAGGGGGAUACUGCUUUGUGUGUUGUAUUUAUUUAUUUAUUUAUUUAUUUAUUUCUCUCCUCAUUUUAUGUAUACAUUUGGGUAACUUGAUAGACACAGAAUUCUGCGUCUAUCACACAGAAUUCUCACAACUAAAUAUGACACAGAAUUCUGCGUCUAUCACACAGAAUUUCUCACAACUAAAUAUGGAAAAGGUACACCUAUGAAGAGUGCCUCAGAAGCUUCGAAAUAACUAGCCUGCCUUACUGAUUUCAGAAGUUCGAACUUGGGUGCAUUAGGAAAACUGUGAUUACUACUGAAUCUGAUAACAGAUGUCACGUGCCGCUUCAUGAGUUUGUUGUCCUCUGUUAUGUGCCAUCUUACAUAGGUUCGAAAUUGUUCUUUUCAAUGCCACUUUUAAUGAAAUGUGAUACUUUGUUAUUCAAAAAAAGGAAUCAAAUAAAUACACUUUUCUUAACUUC